AUGUUAUCUUGUGAAGCAUUUUUUAAAUUUUUGUUAUCUAAUAAUUUAAAAAUCGAUGAUGUAGAGAAUAAUUACCGCUCGAAACAUUCGAUCUAUGGUCAGGCUUGCCUUUUUUUUAAGAAAGAAAAUACGCUCAAUCGUCGUCGUAACUUUUAUGAUUUUUGGAGAAAGAACAUAGGAACACUGCUUGAGUUGAACAAAUCAAGUAAAAAUUCUUUCAUCGAUGCUUGCGUAAAUCAGCAAGAUGUGGAAAUUGAAGCUGCCUGUUGUCAAAUCAUCAUUCCUGAUAAGGCAACUGAACCUUCUACGACAGUAACUGUUACCGAGCGUAGGAGUGUGGUGAAUGAUUUUCCUGCAAUGACGUCUGACUCAGUUUCAGUGGCGGUUGUGGGUAAAACAUUUGGUGAUAAAUACUACAUUAAUUCACAAUGUACGGGCAUUUGUUUUUUUGACCGAGGUGAAGACAACAAGUUGUUAUUCAAUGUUACAGAUGAAGUGAAGUACCAAUGGAUAAACAAUGUUGUGAUUAACUAUGAGUAUGAUGAACAAGAGGUUGAAGAUGUUAGAAAUUCUAUUAAGGAGUUGAUGAAAACUGAAGAAGUGCAACAAACAUUAAUACUUUUUGACCCGAAUGUAUUUCCGUUUGCUAGGUCCGAAAGAUCAGGUUACGAAUAUUAUAUCUUUGAUUACGUAAACUUUUACAUAAAAGUAAGUGAUUGGGAUUUUUUAAUAAAUUCAACAAAUGUUUAUAGAAACCAUUUCUUGCUAAAUUUAUUGAUUCCUGUUUGCAAUCCAUGUGUGUUGAAUUUUAAAAAAAUAACGGUGAGACCUAAGCAAAUUGUUGCGUACAUUUAUUGCUCAUUUAAUCAUUGUAGAUUAUUUAAAAUGCAAAUCAAAUCACCCAGCCCGUCUGAUUCAUUGGUCAAUUGUAAAAUUUUAACAAACAUAAAGUACUAUUUUCACGUAGGAAAAGGAAUACGACAAUUGAGAGGUUUAGAAAGAAAUCACCAAAAAAGAAAACUGGCUAAUAAGCUACCGACACUUGUCCGAAUGGACUGUAUUAAUGCCUCCGAUGAUAAUACAGUGCAUCAAGGCAACAUGAUGCAAAUUCACUCAAAUGACGUUUUAGCUAAAGCUAGAUCUGAGUCUUUGAGUGUUGACGAUGAGGAUAAAGAUGACGUUUUUGAUGUAAUUUUAAAGCUAAGAAAUGAACUACUUGCUUCAGAUAGUGACAGAUUCAUACAACAUGUUAGUGAGCCGUUAUGCAUCGUUUCAUAUUCAUACAAACAGGUUGAAGUUGCUAAACGAAACAAAAAAAAGGACGUAUUGCCAGUGUUGUAUUUUGAUUCGACAGGAUCGGUGAUAAGAAGGACCAGCUCAAAGCAGAAGAGAAUUUUUUAUUACUCUGGUGUUAUUACAGUUGAUUUAGAAAAAAAAAGAGUAACGAGUAUAUGCAAAGAAAUAGCACUCAAAUUACCAAAAUUGACCAAAAGAAAACAGUUAAAAGUGCAAAACAUUUUUGAAGAAAAGUGGGGUAAAAGAAAACCCAAAAAAAGAUCUUUCUUCAAUGGAUGCUUGUUGCCUUCCAAAAUUAAACAAAUUAUGAGCAAUGACGUGGUUCCUAAUAUUAGUGAAGUAAAGGUUGUUGAAAAUAUGUUAUUAAAUUCAAAAGACAAUGUGAUUCGACAACUAACAUUAAACAAAACUGUUACUACUUUUCCAAACAAAUUGGUCUCUGAUCCACAAUUUUACAUGCACAAUCUUGGUGACAACGGAACAGCAAUGGCAAAAAUUGGUGAUCUAAUAUAUUUUGAAGAUUUCCGAACACUCAAUGGAAAAGAAUGGUUGUCAACAACAAUAGUUGAUAUUUUACUGGAAAAAACCUACAUCAUGAAAAAAUCGAUUUAUGUCCCAAGCGGCCUUAGUACCGCUGCGUUAAACAAGGGUUUUAAUGAUAAAUGUUCUAUAUUAUCAAUGCUUUUGUUUUCUAAAAAAUACACUUUCAUACCUUAUUUGCUUAAUGGUAACCACUACUGUUGUUUUGUUGCUGAUGCUGAAAAGGGUACGGUUUUUUUUUAUAACCCGAUUAUUACGGGAAAUAUUUGUGAGGAAAAAUUACAAUCUUUGUUUUUUUCAUUUCUAAAAUGUUAUUGCAGCUUUGUCAAUUGUAAUGCUAAUUGGAUAUUUACGCCACAGCCAAAAUCAUGUGAACAAAGAGACACAUGGAACUGUGGCAUAUAUUUAAUUCGUAUGUUAAGAAUGCUAGAUUCUUGUCAGCAGUUAACUGAAACAUUUGAUCCAGAUGAUCUACGUUACACUUAUCAACAAGAGGUGUUGCAAUCAUCAGAAGACAUGACUAAUUUAUGUCUUUACUGUGGCAACACCUAUAACGAUAACGACACCGCAGAAUCAGAUAACCACAACAACAACAAUAGCAACAAUACCAACACUUACAAUAACAAUAGCACAACAGAAUCUGAUAACAACAUUACAAAUGAGAUGACAAACAACCAAGACGCCAAGGAGAAGAACAACAACGACAACCAGAACAACUACAACGAGAACAUUCGUCAAACCGGAAACAAAAACAACAACAACAAAUUCAUAUUCGUUCGACCAUACAACAGACAACUUAACUCAUUUUACGAAGAAAUCAUCACCACUCUAAUCCUACAUGGAUGCAUCCAAAACCACAACGACAUCCUACAAGCAUACACAAUCAACAAACCACUACACCGCAUACUAUUUAAACACUAA